AUGGAAGAAAUUGAGGAUCUGUGUGGUAAUUUAUGUUUAACGGAGGAAGAUGAAACAAUAGUUGAAUGCCCUCUGGGUAGUGAAGAGGAAAUUCUACAGAAGGGUGAAAGGAGUUUGGUUGGGAAGAUUUGUGCUGAUCGGGCGGUAGGGAAGGAAAUCAUAACAAACACUAUGAGAAAAAAUUGGAGAAUUAGCAAAAGGACCAAUUUUUUUGAAGUGGAAAAAGACGUCUUUAUAAUCACCUUUGCAAAUCAUACGGAUAGGCAGCGAGUCCUUGAGGGGAAACCAUGGCUGUUUGACAAUUAUCUCUUCAUACGAAAGCCUUAUGAGGGUGGUUUACAACCCGGUAAGAUGAUUUUUAAUGUUGAAUACUUUUGGUUGCAGAUAUAUAAUCUGCCAUUGGGCUACAUGACUAAGGAGUGGGGAGAGCGUAUUGGAAAGUCUUUGGGACAAGUUCUUGACGUUGAUGUAGAUGAGGAUGGUAUCGGAUGGGGGAAGUACUUGAAAGUGCAGGUAGAAUUGAAUUUGCAGAAGCCAAUUACUCAAGGUCGAAUUAUUAUGGUGCAAGGAAAAAAGCUAUGGUUGCCUUUUAAGUAUGACAAGCUCCCACAUUUAUGCUUUAUCUGUGGAUGGAUAUUACAUGGAGUUUCUCGGUGUACCUUAGUUGCUGAUACUGAUCGUUCAAAUAAGCCACAGUUUGGCCCUUGGCUUCUUGUUGACGAUAUCUUUAAACGCUGGACUUCCUUCUCAAAUUCUGAUGCAAGCUCUGAAGGAAAGAUGGGAGCAAUGAAAAACAUGGAUCCCAAGGUCCCAGUAAAUGAUGGUGAAGGUUCAGUGGGCAACAUUGGCAUGGGGCGACGGUGGAAGGAAUCUGGGCAGGGCAAUUUUGGAUUUUCUGAGAAGUGCAAUGCCAGAACGGUUGACAAAAAUAUCGGCAUGCAAGUAGGAAAGGAUGUCACUGAGUUAGAAACGGCUUCAAGAUUGGAAGAUAAGGGGAUUAGGGGGUUGUUAAUCACAUAG